AUGGGGGGGGGGGCGAGGGGCUCCUUCGGGACCCCCCCCCCCCCAAUUCCCAUCCACCCCUGGGACCCCCACCCGGGACCCCCCGGAACCGGGCCAGGACCCCCAGAACCGGAACGGGACCCCCCGGAGCUGCAUCGGGACCCCCAGAACCAGAACGGGACCCCCCAAGAUCAAGACCGGGACCCCCACCCGGGACCCCCUGGAACCGGACUGGGACCCCCAGACCAGAACGGACCCCCGGAGCUGCAUUGGGACCCCCAGAACCAGAACAGGACCCCCACCCAGGACCGGGACCCCCCACCCAGGACCGGGACCCCCACCCAGGACCCUCUGGAACUGGACCGGGACCCCCACCCGGGACCCCCCGGAACCGGGCCAGGACCCCCAGAACCGGAACGGGACCCCCGGAGCUGCAUCGGGACCCCCAGAGCUGCAUUGGGACCCCCAGAACCAGAACAGGACCCCCACCCAGGACCGGGACCCCCCACCCAGGACCCUCUGGAACUGGACCAGGACCCCCAGAGCUGGACCGGGACCCCCAGAACCAGAACGGGACCCCCGGAGCUGCAUCGGGGACCCCCCCCAAAGAACGAGAUUGGGACCCCCGAGACCCCUCCGGGGCUCCCAGAACCGGAACCAGGACCCCCCCAAGAAGGAACCCGGGACCCCCGAACUGGGUCAGGACCACCCCGGGACCCCCCCAAGAACAAGAUGGGGACCCCCGGAGCUGCCUUGGGACCCCCAGAACUGGAUCAGGACCCCCCCCCCCCCGGGACCCUCAGAACCGGACCAGGACCCCCCUCGAGACCCCCCGAGAAGGAGACCGGGAUCGGAGCGGGACCCCUGGAACUGGAUCAGGACCCCCAGGACCCCCCCAAGAUCGAGACCGGGACCCCCAGAACCAGAACGGGACCCCCAGAGCUGCCUCGGGACCCCCCCAAAAACGAGGCUGGGACCCUAGAGCUGGAUCGGGACCCCUGGGACCCCCCAGGACCCCCAGAACGACAUGGGGACCCCCGGAAUGAGACUGGAACCCCCCCCCAGAACCAGACCAGGACCCCCCGGGACCCCCUCAAAACCAGACUGGGACCCCCAGAACGGGACCAGGACCCCCCAGACCCAGAUUGGGACCCCCCAAAACCAGGAUUGGGACCCCCAGGACUCCCCCAGGACCCCCAGAACCAGCCCGGGGGACCCCCCCCUCAACACCGGCAGCAGCACCGGGACCCCCCAGGACCCCCCCCCAGACCCAGAUUGGGACCCCCAGGACCCCCUCCCAGGGGGGCGUGGCCAUUAUGCAUUCCGUUAUAUGGCCAUUUUGUGGGCGGGGCCAACCCCCGCAACGCCCCCAACGGCUCAGUGGGCGUGGCCACACCAUUCCCUCACGAGCCCAUCAGGGGCGCGGCUCCCCCCCCCUCAGGCCGCGCAGCCAAUCAGAUCCCUGGGGCCGCACCAACGCCCCCCCGCGCAGCCAAUCAGCGCGCGGCGCGGCGUUAG